UUCCAUUUUCUUAGGUUUUUUGUUUCUUGUCUGUGAAUCGCAAAAUUGUAUAAUCGAUUGCAAGGUGUACAUAAUCAGCCGGAAAGAAGGAGUGUAUUUCGCGUUGCGAACGAUCAGUGUUUGUUUGACUAACUCAUUUGAUUGGCCUAUCUACAGCCCCCAGUUUUUUUGUUUGCAUUGAGCACCGAAUUAGGGAUUGAUUCAAGGCAACAAAUUUGACCUAAUUUCGGUACAACCGUUGAUCCGGUCCGCGGACGCCGGAAGGAAACUGGUGAAACAUGAAAUUUGGAAACGGUCGUGUUCUGGAUAGAGACAAAUCGGUGUUUUAGUUUGGGGCAGACCCACGCGAGUAGCCCCAGUUGGGUAGAGUUCCACACAGCCAGGAGGUCUCCAGUUGGCGGCAGCAGUAGCAGUAGCAGCAGCAGAAGGAGUGCUCCUAACAUCUUGCGGAGCUGCCUUUCUAUGGCCAGCGGAAGUAAAAAGAUGCGGCGCAGGUCUAGAAUGAAGGUUCUUAAGAUUUUGCAGUCGUUCUCGCAAGGUACAUUCAUAGCAUUUGUACUACUGCUCUUGUACUGCGGAAUAAGCCUAGCAGAACCGGGCUAUCUAGACUUCGACAAUCUGCCGGAAACGAACUUCACGUGCGCCGGAAAAGUGAUCGGAGGAUACUAUGCCGACCUGGAAGCAUCCUGUCAGAUGUUUCACGUGUGUACAAUCGGCCAAGGCGAUGAACCGAUGGACAUUAAGUUCCUGUGCCUCAACGGGACGGUUUUCGACCAGGAAACACGCGUCUGCGAACGCGUCGAUGAGGUUGAUUGCUCUAAAUCGGAACGGUUCUAUUACCUUAAUUUAGAGUUGUACGGAAAUACUGUCAUCCCCGCGCCGGAAGAGAGCAGCUCGGAAGAUACCUCCAGCAGUGCUAGCAACCCAUCGUCGACGACUUCCACGACGAGUACGACAACCACAACAACGACAAGAAGGCCAACAACUACCACACCAUCGCGCAGAUACAUCUUCAACAACAGUAAAGGAACCUCCGUUGGACCUUCGAGUACUCCAACCGCGCCAAACCAUUCCUACCCAUCUUCGACCCAGAAAUCACCCGAGGAUGACGAAGAGUACGAAUACGAAGACGACUACGAAGAUAAGAGCGUCGGAAAUCCAUCACUUCCAACAGCCCAAGAUGAUGGCUCUUUCUCGCCGCAACAAUUUACUCUGCACCAACAAAAUCAGCCAAAGCCGCAGGAUGCGGUUAAACCUGGCAGCAAGCCAGCCGUAUCUUUCCAGCAGCAACAUUUCCAAAAUGGCGGGACGUUGGCAGUGACGAACUCACAUGUGACCGUUACUACUCACACCACUAGUACUAACGGAACUAGUAAUCCUAAGAAAAAUUCUCAACAGUUCAAUUUAACACAAAAAGAGAAAGUCAUUCUCGAGCAUCAGAAAGCUCAACAGCAGCAGGCUUACCUGCAGCAACAGAUGCACGCCAAACAACACGAGGAAUUACAACGAAAACAGCAGGAAGCUGCUGUACAACAGCAGCAGAAAGCUAUCCAGCAGCAACAGAAACAGGUCCAGCAGCACGAAUCCGAAAUCAAAAAUCACCAGGCGCUGCUCAUACUGCAUCAGCAAAAAAUUACUCGCCAACAGCAAAAGCAGAUGCCAUCAACGACGCGACCUCCUAUCUACAACCCUUACGUGACCAUAAAUCCUCAGCAACAGCAGCACGCUCAAGCACCAAAGAGAAUUCCGCUUCUGGCGGCGGAAAUCCCCCUUGAACCGCCGGAACAUUCCCCACAGCAGCCACCCAGCGCUGCACAGUUGGCUCCCUUUCGGCUGCGGGCACAGGGCUUCAAGCUUCCCUCCCAGCAGCGGCCCGAGCAGGAGGAUCGCUUCGAAGGCUACCGGAGGCAGUUACCCCCACAGGUCUCCUUGCACCUACCCUUUGAACAGCUGCGCCACCAGAAAGACAUAUCGCUUCAGUUCGAUCCGGACGUUGAGGACUUGACGCAGAUUCCCCAACACAAAGAGCUCAAACGGUCCGAUCCUCCGCUUCACAGUUCGAUCCACGGCAACCACGCACCACCGGUGGUAUCGACCACGAUAAGUGCCUCACCGACGUUAAAAUCCAGCGAAUCCAAGCCAGCCAUUUCGGUAACGCCGGAACCAGCCAACGCUAGCUUCCAGGACGACCCCGUCGAGUAUGACUACGAAGAAGACUACAGCUCCGAAGCGGCCGCGGACACACCAGCCAAGAAUCCUAGUUUAGAUAGCGUUAAGUCAAACACAAAUAGCGAAAUUGUAGUUGCGAGCAAACGUUCCGGAGAGAAUCAGCUCAGCGUCCAUACGGUCAGUGCCGGUGGUGGCACCUCUAGCAAGACUAGCACCCCAAGUAGCAGUAGCUCUAGCAGUAGCAAUAGUUCUAAGGGCAAAACAAAUACUAGUAGAUUUAUCAUCAACAAUGAACAUCACAAGAGUUCAACCAGUUCGUACAACCGGGGUCGAACCGAUCGAGUGUACGAUAAACGACCUUCGACUACGGGGUCGUCAGUGUCGCAAAGACGACCCAGCUAUUUCGCUCGAACGCCGAAGGUGAUCGUUACGACCAGCACUUCGAUUCGAGACAACAACGGGCGAACGAUCAACUAUUCUGUCAGCAGUAGCGAUCCGUCCGCACCUUCGACGACUGCUUCCAGUCAGCCAGUAGCCCGAAGCAAAGUGGUAGGUGCGGUGCGAUCAUACGACGAGUACAAAGACGAUGACGUGCUCACGGACCCCUUCUUCCUUGACGUGCCCAGAGUGCCGGGAGGUGGAACUGGACGCUCGAAACGAGACACUUUGACAGUACGGAAGCGAAGGAAGCAGUUCAUGUUUAUUGUUCCUCGGUUUAUGUGACAUUCAUCACUAGAAAAAGUACAUUACGUCUAGGCACUACUACAAGGGUGUACGUAUUGCUCAUCUGUUUUGGCAAGUUAUGGUCAAACUUCUUAAAAAAAAGACAAA